AUGACAAGAAUAAAAUUAAAGUCAGUUGUCAAUUCAAUUUUUUUUUUGUUAGAUUAUUAUUUUAUGAAACAAAAUAAUUAUUUUAAUUAUUAUGUGCAUUUAUUGUAUUUCAUUGUAAUCUUAUUCGACAAUAAUACAAAUGUUCAAUCAGCAUGGUUUUAUUCAGGAACUACAAAUAUGGAAGAAACUACACCGAAUCCUUUUGAUACUUCAGAGAAUAUAGGAAAAAUACAGAAAAUAUAUUAUCUUAAAUCUGAUAAUAAUAUAUGCUUUAUUAUGAAAGCAGAGAUUAAACUUGUUAUUCCUUUAAAGGGAUCAAAAGAAAAUAUUACAUCCCAUUUGGAUUCUACAACUAAAAAUAUCGAAUUUUCUGGAUUCUGUGAUUCUACUUCAACUCAUUUAUCAGUGAAAUGGAUACAUUUAAGUCAAAAAUCUCCAUGGCUGUUAACAUUUAUUUUCAAAUUAUACGCAAAUGAUUAUUAUACAUUUGAUUCAACUAAUUUUAAUUAUGUAUUGAAUGAUGACCACUGGGCCAGUAUCCAUUGUUGUACAUGCCAUACUUUAGUCAAUCGCAAUAUUAUGCGAGCAGUAUCCAUUGUAUUCAGCUGUUACCUUUCUCAUACCCAAAAAGAUUAAACUCCACUGGCGGAUGUACGCCCCUGCGAAGUCCUAUACUAGUAUGAACCAACAGUUCAGGGCCUCCAGGUUUCAAACAAUUAUCUAACUUAGAUCGGUUCAUGAUCAAUAACCCAACAGUGUGUCAGUAAUUUUCACAGCCGCCAUAAUGAUAAAACUAUGAUAUCUUUUCUUGGAAAGUUAAAAUGAAUCAAUUCUGUUCAUCAUAUAAGAAUUAAUUUUAAAAAAUGAUGAAUUGUUCAUUCACGUUGUCGAUUAUCAAAAAUACCAGAAAUACAUUAAUCAGGAAAUUUAUUCAUCAUCAAGCGAUCAAGUAUUUUCUGUUCAAAAAGAUCAAUAUUACAAUUGUACUAAAGCAAUAAAAAUUGAACUUCACCCUUCGGACCGAAAUUAUAGUACAGUACGCUUAAUAUUCAAAAGUCUUGAAGUCGAAGCCUUUCGGGAAAGUCCUGGAACUAGUUACGUUGGCAAAGAAUCACAUUGUUCCAGUGAUGAUAAAGAAAGUUUGACAUACAUCAUUGUGAGUAUAUCUAUCUUCACUAUGGCUGUGGUCAUGAUAUUCGUCUUGUGCUUAAGCAAUGAUGAAACUCAAAUAGUUGGAGUUGAUCAUUAUAGAUAAUACAAUACUUUAAAUUACUGACUAACUUAUCGAAUGAUGAACCUGUUCUCUUAAUGCAAUCAAUUUAUUUCAAUAAUUGUAUUUUAUCAGUUUGUAUUUAGACGUGUACGUUGUUUUACUUACUAAACAUUUACGUCUAGUAUCUUUCAUACGUUACAAAUUAUUCAAUUUAUAUAUAAACUUAUUGUUUGAACCCCUGCAUUUUCGAUAUCAUGUUAUUCAGUUUAGAUAAAGCUGAAAGUUUUUUCAAAAUCAGUUACCAGUUGAUUGCUUUUUCAAAUUUCUGUGAAAUUGAAUCAGUAAUGAGUGAGAUAGUCAAAU